AUGGCGAUCCAGAAGAAGCACGCGAAAGCGCGUCUCGACAAGUACUACUACCUCGCCAAGGAGAAGGGCUACCGCGCUCGUGCUGCCUUCAAGCUGAUCCAGCUCAACAAGAAGUACUCCUUCCUGCAGAAUGCGAAAUGCCUGAUCGAUCUCUGCGCCGCACCCGGAUCAUGGCUCCAAGUCGCCGCCGAGACGAUGCCGCAGAAGUCGCUCAUCGUCGGGGUGGACUUGUCGCCGAUCAAGCCGAUCCCGAAGACGAUUACCUUCCAGGGCGACAUCACGACCGACAAGUGCCGCGCCGCCAUUCGAGGGCAUUUGAAGACGUGGAAGGCCGACUGUGUCAUACACGAUGGUGCGCCCAAUGUUGGUACUGCCUGGGUGCAGGAUGCCUUUAGUCAGAACGACUUGGUCUUGAGCUCGCUGAGGCUGGCCACCGAGUUCCUGGCGCCGAAUGGAACCUUUGUGACCAAGGUCUUCAGAUCCAAGGAUAGUGCGAAGCUGGAGUGGAUCUUCAAGCAGCUCUUCUCCAAGGUUGAGCAGACGAAGCCACCCAGUAGUCGAAAUGUUUCUGCCGAGACUUUCUAUGUCUGCAGGGGCUACAAGGCGCCAAAGCACUUGGACCCCAAGUUCUUGGACCCGGCAUAUGCGUUUAUGGAGGCAGCAGAGGGCAAGGCUAACAUGGAAGCGAGAGUCUUCAACCCGGAGAAGAAGAAGAGGAAGAGAGAAGGUUACGAAGAGGGUGACUGGACACAGUUCAACGAAUGCCCUGCGUAUGAGUUCAUUCAGACUCACGAUCCGAUUGAUAUGCUAGGAAGAUACAACAGAUUCCAUUUCGACACUCAGGCAGGAGACGAGAUCGCACAGGCUGCGUUGGCCAAGAUUCCCGACACGACAGAAGAGGUUAGGCAGAAUUGUGAGGACUUGAAGGUGCUUGGUCGCAAGGAGUUCAAGGUUCUGCUCAGAUGGAGAUUGAAGGCGAGAGAUGUGUUUGGUCUGCGACAGAAGAAAGAGGGAACACAUAAGAAGGCUGAAGCCAAACCAGAACCUGCCGAGGGAGAGGCUGGAGAGGAGGUUGCAAUGGUCGAGUCUAUGGACGAUGAGAUGCGGUAUGCAGAGGAAGUCCAGGCGCUGCAAGAACAGCAGAACAAGGAGAAGCGAAAGGAGCGGCGGAAAGAGAACGAGCGCAAGCAAAAAGACAUUGUGCGCAUGCAGAUGGGCAUGACUACGCCUUCCGAAAUUGGUAUCGAAGCUGGCGAGAACGACCCUGUCUUCCGUCUGAAGGAUGUCGACAAAGCCUCAGAUGUGCGGCGACAGAUUGUGAAAGGACGCAUGCACACCCAAGUCGCUCCCGAGAAGCCAAAGGAGGUGAGUGAAGACGAGGAAGAGGAAGACGAGGAGCUGGAUGAGUUGGAGGCACAGCUUGAUUGCAUGUACGAAGACUACCAGUCGCGGCGAGAAGAUCACAAAGCGAAAGCCCGUGCGAAGCGUGCGAGGAAAGACGACGAAGAGCCAUUCGAGGACUUUGACAAGCGCGAGACAGGUGCCGAUUCCGACGCCAGCGAUGAGGAUCUUCUCGAGGAUGAUGACGAUGACGACGAUAGCGAUACAGGAGAUGAAGGCUUUACAACAGAUCUGCAGGGCAAGGAUCCUAAAGAGGGUGGACUGAGCAGACGAGCGGCGUCGUUCUUCCAGCAAGACAUCUUCAGCGGGAUAGACGGGCUCGAUGGCGACGAAGACGAAGAGCUUGAGCCAGAUAACGACAAGGCAAGAGACAGCGGCAUCGACGUCGACUCGCCAGAGCUUAAGGCAGCGCCCACUGCUGGGGAAGGCGAUGACUUCGAGACCGAAGCCGAAGACGACGACGAAGAUGGCGAGUCAGACUCGGGACCCGAAGACGUCGCAGGCGCAGAACAAGAAGAAGACUGGGAAGAACGCACCGUCAAACCCGGCCAAGAACGAGAAACCGAAGGCCGCCCCAACAUCGACAUCAUCACAGCCGAAGCCAUGACCCUCGCGCACCAACUCGCGACAGGCAAAGUGACCAAACAGCAACUCCUCGACGACAACUUCAACAAAUACUCCCUCCGCGACGUCGACGGCCUCCCCGAAUGGUUCCUCGACGACGAAAACAAACACGCCAAACUCCAACGCCCCGUCAGCAAAGAAGCCGCCGCGGCCAUCAAGGAAAAACUCCGCGCCCUCAACGCCCGCCCCAUCAAAAAGGUCCGCGAGGCAAAGGCCCGCAAGACCAUGCGGACGGCGCGCAGGUUGGAGAAGUUGAAGAAGAAGAGUGAAGGCUUGGCGGAGGAUGGGGAUAUGGGGGAGAGGGAGAAGGCGGGUGCUAUUUCGAAGUUGAUGGCGAAGGCGGCCAAGGGGGGCAAGAAGAGGCAGCCGGUUAAGGUUGUGAAAGCCGGGGGGCAGAAUAAGGGCAGUGGACGGCCGAGGGGUGUGAAGGGGAAGUAUAAGAUGGUUGAUGCGAGGUUGAAGAAGGAUACGAGGGGGUUGAAGAGGGCGGCCAAGAGGCAGGGGAAGAAGUAG